AAGCAUCACCCGGAAGGCAAAGAAAAGAUUCAUUUUUUUUGGUACAAUUUUUUUUUUUUGGCCAAAAAAAUAAACUUUAUUGCAAUUUAAGGACGAGGGGCCUCAAAAAAAGAUGAAAUCAUCUUGCUCUUCAAGUUCUUGAAAUUAAAAAAAAAAAAAAAAAAAGACACCUUUUACUGUGUGUGUUUGUUAAUUGUGAAACGGUUGGAGAUAUGAAAGGAGGAAAAGCAGGAUAACGGGCAGCCGGCUGGGCCAGCCGGCUUCUGAAUGUUGCUUUCGAGAGCUUGCUUAAGAAAAUGGGGAAAAAAAAAAAAAAAAAAAAGCAUCACAAUCCCCUCUCUUUGCGGUCAAUUCCUUACAAGAAUGGACUCUCAAAUUCCUGGAAUUAUUAUUGUUUAUUGUCUCUCUCUCCUACACAAAUACACACAUACUAAACCCCAUAACAACUCCCCUGCUUUCUUUAUUUAAAACCCCCUCUCUCAGUUGUGUUUGUUAUUCCUUGGCAAAAGUCAUUUGUUUGUUGCAAUAGUAUAACUAAUGAUGACAAGCAGCAAAAGAGAAACUCCCGGUAAAAUGUAUGCCGUCGAAGAAGAUGUCUCUCUUCUUUCUCAUUCGGACCCUUUUGUCUUGGAGCUCAACAGAUUGCAGAAUCAACUCAAAGAGGGGGAGAGGGAACUUCUGAAGGCUCAAACCGAAAUUCGGGCAUUGAGGGCAACUGAAGUCCUCAAGGAUAAAGCUGUCGAAGAGCUUGGAAGUGAAGUUGAAAGGUUGGAAGAGAAGCUAAGAUGCAGCGAAACCUACCUCGAACAAAAGAAUCUUGACAUCAAGAAACUCACAGACGAGAAGAAGGAAGCAUUGGCUGCACAAUAUGCAGCUGAAUUGACUCUGAGAAGGGUAUAUGCCGAUCAAAAAGAUGACGAUUAUGUUCCCAUUGAACUAAUCAUUGCUCCUCUAGAGGCAGAACUUAGGAUGCGUAAGAACGAGGUUGCAGCACUACAAGAGGAUAAAAGAGCGCUCGAACGUCUUACAAAAUCUAAAGAAUCGGCUUUGCUAGAAGCUGAGAGAAUAUUGACAAGUGCCCUCGAAAGAGCUCUAAUUGUAGAGGAAGUUCAAAAUCAAAACUUUGAGCUUAGGAGGCAAAUCGAGAUAUGCCAGGAGGAGAAUAAAAUACUCGAAAAGACAAACAGGCAGAAAGUUUUAGAGAUUGAAAAGCUUAGCCAGACCAUCAUCGAUCUCGAGGAGGCUAUACUUGCUGGAGGAGCAACAGCCAAUACUAUUCGUGAUUAUAAACGACAGAUUUCGGAACUAAAUGAGGAGAAACGGACGCUUGAACGGGAACUAGCAAGAAUCAAAGUUUCGGCAAAUAGAAUCGCAACGGUGGUGGCUAACGAGUGGAAGGAUGACAAGGACAAAGUUAUGCCGGUCAAGCAAUGGCUAGAAGAGAGAAGGGUAUUGCAGGCUGAGAUGCAGAAAUUGAAAGACAAAUUAGCAAUCUCGGAGAGAGCUGCCAAGGCAGAAGCACAAGUCAAGGAGAAGUUGAAGUUGAGGCUGAAGACGGUCGAAGAAGGGUUAAAGAAUGCGCCUACUAGUUUCUAUGUGAAUACUAACGGAUCCCCUAAGAACGAAAAAUCGAGCAAUUUUUUUGGGAUUCUAUCGAGUAAUACAAGAAUGGCUAAGAGAUCUACAUCACAACCUAGGGCAUCCAUGCAGAUGACCGAUGGAAAUCAAAUUUCGGAGAUGAAGCCAAUCGACUGUCUGAAAAAGAAGAAUAGUUCCGGAGAAAGUUUGUUGAAAAAGAGUUUAUGGGCUUCUCGGAAUAAGGUCGUCGACAGCAGCGGAAAGGAAAAUGCAGAGACGAAUAAAAACGACACGGUCAAAAUUGAAGCACGCGGCGUUGAGGAAGUUAGAGAAACGGGAUACAUUAAAGAGAUGAAAGGUUUGGAGAUAGGUGAUACUGAAACCGAAGAUAUGGUGUCGGGUUUUCUGUACGACAGGCUUCAGAAAGAAGUCAUACAUUUGAGGAAGUCGUGUGACUUGAAAGAGAGCACAUUGAAUUCUAAACAUGAUGAAAUCAAGAUGCUUAUGAAAAAGAUCGAUACGCUGACUAGAGCCGUAGAAGUGGAAUCCAAGAAAAUGAAGAGAGAAGCAGCGAUACGGGACAAGGAUUCGACGGUAGUAAAGGUGGACGAGAAGAUAAGAAACACAAACUCAACCAAAAGGUCCGUAAUAAAUACCUCUUGAAGAUACAUUUGCUGUGAAUAAUAAUGUGGAGAUGUUCAAGAAGUCGCCGGAGCAAUAGAACAACAGUAUCUUAUGAUUCUUACAAUGUAAAUACUACAGCCCAUUUCGAUGUUGCUAUAGAUAUUAUGUCCGAAUUGUGAGUGAAGAAUACGAAUAGCGUGAUUUUUAUUUUUUUCCGUAUUUAGAUUACUGUAUAAACAAUUUGCUGAAAAUGUUAUUCAAUAAAAUAUUUGUUUAUUUUA